AUGGGAGACGGUGUACCUGGAGGAAUAGUUGCAGCUGCAAAGAACCGUCUGCAGGUGGUGAAGGGAUUGGAGGAUGUGGAGGUGUCUGAGUGUGAGGGCUGCCCCUUUGAGGUGACCCUCAACCUUGCCUACAUCGAGGGCGUGUGGACCAGAGAUGGGGUGCAGCUUAAGUCCAAGCCAAACUGCCGUAUCAGCAUGCAUGGGAAGAAACACUCCCUCAUACUGAAGAGGGUGGCUCUGGGUGACGCAGGCUUGUUCUCUUUUCAAGCCAAUGGCAUUCAGACAUCAGGAAGACUUAGUGUCAGAGCUAGGGACAUCCACAUAGUGAAGGAGCUGGAGGAUGUCGACACAAUGGAGCGCCAGGCUGUGAACUUCCUGUGCGAAGUCAACCAGGUAGAUGUGGAUGGACGUUGGUACAGGGACGACAGCCGGAUUCGUCAUGGGGACAACAUCAAAAUAAGACACCAGGAGCUCCCAGUCCAAAUACUGCGUCCGCUGAGGGUCAAGAUAGCCAUGUAUCGCCAUCGGGGUCUGCUGGAGUGUCAGGUGUCCCGACCCAAUGCUCAGGUCAGGUGGUACAACUGCAGGGAGCUCCUGCCUAGUAAGAAGUACCAACUAAUCAGCCAGGACGUCUACAGGCAGCUCAUCAUUGAUGACGUCUGCUCUUCAGACGAGGACAACUACACCUGUGAUGCAGGAGAUGAUGAAACCUCCUGUCAGCUUCUGGUGGAGGAGCAGGCUAUCAAAAUAGUGCGAGGAAUGAGCUCAUUGGAGGUGAUGGAGCCAGAACCAGCUCUUUUCCAAGUGGAGACAAGUCUGAAAUCAGGCAGACCCCCCCGAUGGACCCUUAACGGUGAGGUGCUGGAACCCAAUGCGGCAGUGAACAUUGACAGGGAGGGAACCCUGCACAGCCUCAUGCUCACCUCCACAGAAAGCUCCAUGUCUGGGCCUGUGCUCUUUAUGGCUGGCAAGAGUCGUUCCACUGCAAAGCUGACCGUCAGGCGUCCUCUUCAAGUUACUCAACACUUGGAAGACAUAGAGGUGAAGGAGAACAGCUCAGUGACUCUGAGCUGUAGGUUUGCUCCGUCUCCCAGGGUGGUGCGGUGGUUUAAAGGUCGCACAGCCCUAAAGACCUCAAACAAAUACAGCAUGAGGAGAGAAGGGAAACGAGCAGAGCUGACCAUUCAUGGCUUGAUAGGGAUGGAUGCGGGACAGUACCGCUGCAUGGCUGGAGGUUCACAGAGCACAGCACAUGUCAAUGUAGAAGUGAAAACCCUGAAGUUAGUUAAACAUCUUGAGCCAGUGGAAAUUGAGGAGAACGGUGUCGCUACAUUCUCAUGUGAGCUCAACUACGUGGUCGCCAAUGUUGAGUGGGUUGUCAACAACAUCCGCCUCUAUUCUAAUGCAAUCAACCGGAUCCAGCACAUGGGCACUAUGCACAGCCUCAUAAUCAAGAAGCUGCGGCCGCAGCAGAGUAAAGUCACAUUCAAAGCGGGCCUUCUCUCUGAGACAACCACCCUAAAGGUUAAAGAGCGCCCGGCAGUGUUCCUGAGAUCUCUGGAGGAUGCAACGGGAGAAGAGCAAGGAGAGGUCUGCCUUCAGUGUGAAGUUUCCAAAGAGACAGUGACCCCUGUUUGGAGGAAGGAUGGUAUAGUCCUGACUGCUGAUGAUAAACACGAGUUACUUCAGUUUGGCAAAUCUAUGGCGCUGAUAAUUCAUUCACUGAGCAAGGAAGACGCUGGACAGUACACUUGUGACCUGGGCACCAGUCAGACCAAGGCGAAAGUUACUGUACAUGACUUACAUAUUACAAUCAUUCAGCGUAUAAAGACAACAUCUGUCUUGGAGGGCGAAAGCUGCACUUUUGACUGUCAGCUCUCUCAUGAUCUCGAUGAUGAGCCUUCCUGGACCAUUAAUGGCGAGGUGGCUGUCACCAACAGCCGUAUCCAGGUCAUCAACAACGGCCGCAAAUAUAAGCUGACCAUCAGAGAUGCUAUUUUAACCGACGCUGGAGACGUGGUCUUCACAGUCAAAGCCCUUAGCUGCAGGACCAUGCUCUUUGUUAAAGAGAAGCCGGUACAUAUUUUCAGGGAGCUGUUGAAUGUCAAGGCGGUGCCGGGCGAGGAUGCAGAGCUGAGCUGUGAGAUCACCAAACCAGAUGCUACGGUCCGUUGGCUGAAAAAUGGCCAUUUGAUCAGAGAAAGCCCAAAGUAUGAGAUGAGUGUGGAAAAACACUUAGCACGAUUGGUGAUCAAGAAUACCACAAUCAGAGACUCUGGAGAGUACUGCUGCGAAGCUGAAGGUAUAGCUUCACGAGCUAAGCUGGAGGUCAGAGACCUCCAGCACACGUUUGCUAGGGAGUUAAGAGAAACACAAGCAGAGGAGAAGGGUAAAGUGACCCUGGAGUGUGAGACUAGGCGGCCAGCCAAGCGUGUGAUCUGGCUGAAGGGAAUGGUGGAGCUGCGGGCUGGUAGGAAGUAUGUCAUCAGGCAAAAAGGGGUAGUGCUGUCCCUGACCAUCACCUGCCUGGAGAAAUCAGACACGGAUAUUUACAUAUGUGAUGUUGGCACCAUGCAGAGCCGGGCACAGCUGACUGUGCAGGGACAGAGGGUUCUGAUCCUGGAUGAAUUGGAGGAUGUUGAGUGCCUCGAGGGAGACACGGUCACAUUCAAGUGUCGAAUUUGUCCCAGUGACUACAUCGGGGUCAAGUGGUAUCUGGAUGAGACUCUGCUGUACACCAAUGAGCUCAAUGAGAUCCAGAUGCUGCCUGGAGGCUACCACAGCCUCACUUUUCGGCAGCUGGCCCGCAAAGACACUGGCACUAUUUCAUUUUCAGCAGGGGACAAGAGAUCGUACGCCUCACUGCUGGUUAGAGAGAGGCGCCCCACCAUCAUUACAGCACUGGAAGACUGUGAAGCUAUUGAAAGAGGUGGUUUGGUUUUGUCUUGUGUGACCUCCAAGCCGUGUCACAUCCUGUGGUACAAAGAUGGCUGUCUUAUGUGGAACUCCUCAAGGUAUUUUGCCACUCGCUCAGGCUGCGAGGCCCGACUGACGAUUCGGGAGGUCUGCAACGGUGAUGCAGGAGUCUAUGAGUGCAGUGCUGGAUCUGUUACAACAAGGGCUGUUGUAACUGUCAAAGCCAUCCCGGCAGAAUUCAUACAGCCUCUAAAGAACGUGGAGGCCAAAGAAGGGGAGACGGUGACCCUGACCUGUGAGUACUCUCUGCCUGGGGUGCAGUUCCACUGGUGGAGAGGUUUCGAGAGCAUCAGGGCCGGAGACAAGUACAUGAUGAAACAGAGAAAGACAAUUAAUUCCCUCAUCAUCAAAUCUGUGAAGCCUGUGGACUCAGGAGAAUAUUCUUGUCAAUGCAGAGAUCACCGCACCACAGCAAGCAUCAGAGUACAGGCUAUUCCCAUUACUUUUGUACUGCAUUUGAAGAACAUGCAAGCAGAGGAGGGAGUCAAUGUCUUACUGCGCUGUGAACUGUCUAAACCUGGACUGCCAGUAGAAUGGAGGAAGGGACAGGAGCAGUUGUGGAACGGGGUUAAGCACCAGAUAAAGAAAAGAGACACCACCCAAGAGCUUCUUAUAUGGAAGCCUGUGCCUGAGGAUAGUGGUCUCUACAGCUGUGUGUGUGCUGAUCAAUUUACAUCUUCCACUGUCAAAAUCAAUGCGCUGCCAGUAACCUUCAAACAGAAGCUGAGAAAUGUGCUGAUUGAGGAGGGCAACACUGCUACUUUACGGUGUGAGCUGUCCAAAUCUGGGCACAGCGUGGAGUGGAGGAAGAAGGGGGAUGAACUCAUCAGGAAUGGAGAAAAAUAUCAAAUGAGGCAGAGAGAUAUGCUGAUUGAACUGAGGAUCUUUGGUGUAACACCUGAGGACAGCAAUAUCUACACAUGCAUCUGUGGAAACAUAGAGAGCACUGCAACACUGACUGUGAAUGCUCUACCCAUCUCUUUCAAGCAAAAAUUAAAGAACCUCCAGGUGGAGGAAGGACACAACAUCACUCUUCAUUGUGAGAUUUCUAAACCUGGAAUCCCAGUGGAGUGGAUACUUGGAGGUGAGCUGUUGGAGAAUGGAGAGAAGUACCACAUCAAGCAGAGGGAUACCACCUUGGAGCUGAUCAUCAGAGAUGCUGAUCCAGAGGACAGCGGGGUGUACACCUGUGUGUGCAGAGAGCAGAGGACUAAAGCCACUGUUAAAGUUAUUGCUGUUCCUGCCACAUUCAAAGUGAGCCUGAAAAGCCAGGAGGCUGAAGAAGGGAAGAGUCUGACAUUACGCUGUGAGCUGUCUAAGAAGGGAGUCCCUGUGCAGUGGCAGAGAGCUGGCCAGGUGUUGUCUUCAGAGAUAUCCCGAGGGAAAUAUCAGAUGGAGCAGGACGGAAAGAUAGCUCAGCUGACCAUUCUCAGUGUCCAAUCAGAGGAUGCUGGGAAAUACAGCUGUGUUACAGGAGAUGAGAAAACCACUUCUGAAGUCAAAGUCAAAUCACUUCCUGUGACAUUCAAACGAGAGCUCCAGUGCAUGGAGGUGAAGGAGGGAGACUGUGGAGUUUUUAGCUGUGAGGUCUCCAAACAAGGAGCUCCAGUGGAGUGGAGGAAAGGCAGAGCGAUCCUAAAGCCUGGAGAGAAAUAUGAGAUAAAGCAGGAGGGACGCCUCAUAAAACUGAUCAUCAACAACAUAGAGGAGAGUGAUGCUGGGAUAUAUACCUGCAAGACUGGAGACCGCCAAUCAACUGCUGAGCUGACUGUGCAAGAAUCAGCUGAGCGCAGACGCCAACGAGGUUUACCACCAAGCUUCAAGUUUCCACUAGUCAACCAAGAGGUGACUGAAGGCAACAGUGUGGUCCUGCGGUGCGAGCUUGACAAACCUUCCCCUUCAGUGGAGUGGAGGAGAGGAGCAGAGCUGCUGAGGAAUGGAGACAAGUACCAGAUGAGGAAAAAGGAUCUCCAGGUAGAGAUGAAGAUAUCAGACCUCUGUCUGGACGACACUGGAGAUUAUACCUGCUUCUGUGAGCGGCCAAUCAGAUUCCUCCAGGAACUGAAGAAUAUUCAGGUUCAGGAGGGCAAUGGGGUGACACUGAGCUGUGAGCUCUCCAAACCUGGCACUCCAGUUCUGUGGAAGAAGGGAGACAAAGUGCUGACCAAUGGGGAGAAGUACCAGAUGAAGCAGAGCAGCUCCGCCCUGGAGCUUCUCAUUAGGAAAAGCCAGCCUGAGGACAGUGGCACAUACAGCUGCUUUUGUGAUGACAUAAAAACUACUUCUACCGUAAUCAUCACAGCAAUCCCAGUAACUUUUAAACAAAAGUUGAAGAACCAGGAAGCUGUGGAGGAGAACAGCGUGACGCUGCGAUGUGAGCUUUCCAAAGCUGGGGUCCCGGUGGAGUGGAGGAAAGAUGCUCAACUCCUGAAUGAAGGAGAAAAAUAUCAGAUGAGGCAGGAGGGCAGGAUGGCUGAGAUGGUGAUCAGGAAUUUAACUCUAAAAGAUGCCGGGGAGUUCAGCUGCUUUGUUGGCUGUGUUGUGACUUCAGCAGACAUCAAAGUAAGAGCUAUUCCUGUAACAUUUAAGAAAGAGGUUUCAAAUUUGGAGGUGAAGGAGGGAGACAGCGGAGUGUUCUGCUGUGAGCUCUCCAAACCAGGAGCACCGGUGACCUGGAGGAAAGGCAGAGAGGUCCUCAAAGCUGGAUACAAAUAUGAGAUGAAACAGGAGGGUCGUCUCACCAAACUAAUCAUCAACAACAUGGAAGAAAGUGAUGCCGGAAGAUAUACCUGCAAGACUGAUGACAGCCAAUCAACUGCUGAACUCAUUGUCAAAGCUCCUCCCAUCACAUUCAAGACUAAGUUGAAGAACCAGCAGGUUGAGGAGGAGAACAGUGUGACGCUGAACUGUGAGUUGUCAAAGCCUGGCCUUUCUGUGGAGUGGAAGAAAGGACAAGAGCUGUUGAAAAAUAAUUUCAAGUAUCAGAUUAAAAAUAGAAACUGCAUCAUGGAGAUGACCAUCAAGAACUCACAGCUUGAGGACAGCGGGCUUUACAGCUGUAACCACGGUGAUGUCAAGACCACAGCCAACAUCACCAUUACACCUAUCCCCCUCACCUUUAAAAUGGGUCUGAAGAACCAGGAAGCUCCUGAAGGAGGCAAUGUGUCUCUUCACUGUGAGCUGUCCAGGGCCGGGGUGCCUGUGCAGUGGUGGAAGGCAGAGGACCAGCUCUAUCAUGGGGGAAGAUAUCAGAUGACGCAGAAAGGUCAAAUAGCUGAACUGCACAUCAAAAACAUCCAGCCGGAGGAUGUUGGGGAGUACAGCUGUGUCCUGGGAGAGCAGAGGACAACGGCAGAAGUCAACGUGAGAGCGGCAGCAUCCGUGUUCUUUGAGAAGGAACUGGAAAACCAAGCCGUGAUAGAGGGGAAAUCUGUGCUGCUGUCUUGUGAGGUUUCCAGUGCUAAUGUCCCUGUCACUUGGAAGAAGGACAACACAGCGAUAGAAGAAGGAAGGAGAUGCAUUAUAAAGAAGAAAGGCCCCACACAUACUCUGGAGAUCAAGAAACUGUGUCUGGAGGAUGCUGGAGAGUACUGCUGUAUCAGCAGAGGCAAGAAGACCACUGCCAAGCUGAUAGUGAGGGAGCGCGUGCGGAUUGUCACAAAUCUGCUCGACAUAACAGUGACAGCGGGCGAGGAUGCAGCGUUUGUGUGUGAGCUAAGCCACGCGGAUGUGACUGAAGGCGUCUGGUGGCUUGGCUCCAGCCCUCUGCAGAAGAACGAGAUGAACCAGAUGACAUGCCGGGGUCGUGAGCACCGACUGGUCCUCACUAUGACCACACCUGAGGAGACGGGCACCGUGGCAUUUGUGAUUGGGGAAGAGAGGACUUCUGCAAGUUUGCUAGUUGUGUCUAAGCCCAAAGUUUUGUUUGAGGAGAAUCCUAAAGAUGUUCUGAUCAUGGAAGGAGAGACAGCAACUUUGUCCUGCAAGAUCUCUGAUGUAACCUCCCUGGUUACAUGGAGGCGGAACCACAUCCCCCUCCGACAUGGUGAUAAAUAUGAGCUACGCAAGGAGGGUAAAAUCAACCUACUGCUGAUCCGUGAUGUGGAUCCCCUGGAUACUGGCACAUACUCCUGUGAUACCGGAGAUGUGCAGAGCAAUGCCAAACUGACUGUAACAGAACUCCCUCCAUUCUUCCAAGAGGAGCUGCAGAGUCUUGAAGUUGAAGAGGGAGGUUCAGCUUCUCUGUACUGUGAGCUCUCUAAACUUGGAGUGUCAAUACAGUGGAAGAAAAACAAGCUGUCAUUAAAAGACAGCAGGAAAUAUGAGAUUAAACAGGAUGGCUGCCUCCUCCAGCUCCACAUCAAGGAUCUCAAACUUGAGGACAGUGGCAGCUACGCCUGUCAAGCGGGGAAUGCAGAGACCACUGCAUCUGUAACAGUAAAAGAGCUUCCUCCAUUCUUCAAGAAAGAGCUAAGAACUGUGGAGGCUGAGGAAGGUAGUGCAGCCACCCUGUGCUGUGAGCUCUCCAAGCCUUUUGUGUCUGUGCAAUGGAAGAAGAACAGAUUACCUUUGAAGGCUAGCAGAAAGUAUGAAAUGAAGCAAGAUGGCGGCGUCCUGCAGCUUUACAUCAAGGAUCUUAUACCUGAAGAUCGUGGCAGCUACACAUGUCAAGCAGGAAGUGCAGAGACCACUGCGACUGUCUCAGUGAAAGAGCUCCCACCAUUUUUCAAAACUGAGUUGCAUAAUGUGAGAGCAGAGGAGGGAGGUAAAGCGACCUUGUGCUGUGAGCUGUCAAAGGCUGGAGUGUCAGUCCAAUGGAAGAAGAACAAGCUGCCACUAAGAGCCAGCAGGAAGUAUGAGAUGGAGCAGGAUGGCAGUCUCAUUCAGCUCCAUAUACAAGAUCUCAAACCUGAGGACAGUGGCAGCUACACAUGUCAAGUAGAAAGUGCUGAAACAACAGCAACUGUGUCAGUCAAAGAGCUCCCACCAUUUUUCAAAGAGGAAUUACAGAAUUUGAAGGCAGAGGAGGGAGGCACAGCCACCCUGUACUGUGAGUUGUCCAAGCCUGGAGUGUCGGUCCAAUGGAAGAAGAACAAGUUAACACUGAGAGCUAACAAGAAGUAUGAGAUUCAGCAGGAUGGCUGCAUCAACCAGCUUCACAUCAAAGAGCUCACACCUGAGGACGGUGGCAGCUACACAUGUCAGGCAGCAGGGGAAGAAACCACAGCAACCGUGAGAGUGAAAGAACUCCCUACAUUCUUCAGCAAAGACUUGGAAAGUGUAGAGGCUGAUGAGGGAGGUGCAGCCUCCCUCUGCUGUGAGCUGUCUAAGCCUGGAGUAUCGGUUCAGUGGAAGAAGAACAGGCUGCCACUGAGAGCAAACAGGAAGUAUGAGAUAAAGCAGGAUGGCUGCAUCCACCAGCUGCAUAUAAAGGAGCUCACACCUGAGGACAGGGGCAGCUACACGUGCCAGGCAGGGAGUGCAGAGACCACUACAACUGUAACAGUGAAAGAGCUUGCACCAUCCUUUGACAAAGAAUUACAAAGUGUGGAAGCUGAUGAGGAAGAUUCAGCCAUCUUCUGCUGUGAGCUGUCUAAGCCUGUAGUGUCAGUAAUGUGGAAAAAGAACAGGCUGCCACUGAGAGCUGGCAGAAAGUAUGAGAUGAAGCAAGAUGGCUGUGUCCUCCAGCUCCAGAUCAAGGAUCUCAAACCUGAAGACAGUGGCAGCUACACAUGCCAAGCAGAAAGUGUGGAGACCACUGCGACUUUAUCAGUGAAAGAACAUGCACCAUACUUUUACAAAGAACUACAAAGUUUUGAGGCUGAUGAGGGAGGUAUAGCCUCCUUGUGCUGUGAGCUGUCUAAGCCUGGAGUGUCAGUCCAAUGGAAGAAGAACAAGCUGCCUUUGAGAGCCAACAGAAAGUAUGAGAUGAAGCAGGAUGGCUGUGUCCUCCAGCUCCAGAUCAAAGACCUCAUACCCGAGGACAGUGGCAGCUACACUUGUCAGACAGGAAGUGUGGAGACCACUGCAACUUUGUCAGUUAAAGAGCUUCAAACAUUCUUCAAGGAAGACCUAUGUAGUGUGGAGGUGGAAGAGGGUGGUACAGCUUGUCUGAACUGUGAGCUGUCUAAAGCUGGAGUAUCAGUGCAAUGGAAGAAGAACAAGCUUCCACUAAGAGCCAACAGGAAGUACGAGAUGAAGCAGGAUGGCUGCCUCCUCCAGCUGCACAUCAAGGAUCUUAAACCUGAGGACAGUGGCAGCUACACAUGUCAAGCAGGAAGUGAAGAGACCUCUGGAACUCUAUCAGUGAAAGAGCUCUUACCAUUUUUCAAGAAAGACCUAUGUAGCCUGGAGGUGGAGGAGGGCGGUACAGCCUCUUUGAACUGUGAGCUGUCUAAACCUGGAGUGUCAGUGCAAUGGAAGAAGAAUAAGCUGCCACUUAGAGCAAAUAGGAAGUAUGAGAUGACGCAGGAUGGCUGCAUCCACCAACUGCAUAUCAAGGAGCUCACACCUGAGGACAGUGGCAGCUACACGUGUCAAGCAGGGAGUGCAGAAACCACCGCAACUGUGACAGUGAAAGAACUUGCACCAUUCUUUAAGAAAGAACUACAGAGCUUAGAGGUUGAGGAAGGAGGUGUAACUUCCCUCUGCUGUGAGCUGUCUAAGCCUGGAGCAUCAGUACAAUGGAAAAAGAACAAGACUCUACUAAGAGCCAACAGGAAGUAUGAAAUGAACCAAGAUGUCUGCCUUCUUCAGCUCCAGAUCAAGGACCUUAAACUUGAGGACAGUGGCAGCUACUCAUGUCAUGCAGGAAGUGAAGAGACCACUGCGAAUUUAUCAGUGAAAGAGCCCCCACCAUUCUUCAAGGAAAACUUAUGUAAUGUGGAGGUGGAAGAAGGAGGUACAGCAUAUAUGUAUUGUCAGUUGUCUAAGGCUGGAGUAUCAGUUCAGUGGAAGAAGAACAAGCUGCCACUGAGAGCCAACAGGAAGUAUGAGAUGAAGCAGGAUGGCUGCAUCCUCCAGCUGCAUAUCAAGGAGCUCAAACCUGAGGACAGUGGCAGCUACAUGUGUCAAGCAGGGAGUGCAGAAACUACUGCAACUGUGACAGUGAAAGAGCCAUCACUGUUCUUCAACAAAGAAUUACUGAGUAUGGAAGCUGACGAGGGAACUACAGCUUCCCUCUGCUGUGAGGUGUCUAAGCCUGGAGUGUCAAUGCAGUGGAAGAAGAACAGGCUGCCACUGAGAGCCAACAGGAAGUAUGAAAUGAAGCAGGAUGGCUGCCUCCACCAGCUCCACAUCAAGGAACUUACACCUGAAGACUGUGGAAGUUACACAUGUCAUGCAGGAAGUGUGGAGACCUCUGCAACAGUGACAGUGAAAGCUCUACAACCAACUCCUGCAAAAGCAGAGCCUUCCAUGGCACAGCCUUUGGCAAAGAACACUGUUUCCAAACCAAGUCCAUCUCCAGAGGAUGAGAGGCCUGUUAUCCCAGAGGCUAAACCUGUUCCUCCUGAGCCCAAGAAGAGAACUAGGAAGGCGUCUAUGACAAAUUCAGAACAUGAACAGGAGGCCAUGUUUAACCUAAAACAGACUAUCCAGAGGGAGAAUAGGGAAGACCAAAAAGACAUCAUACCUGCAAAGUCUAUAGAGAAAGAUGUUAAUGUUGCACAGAAUGUAAAACAUGAGAAGAAUAAGGAGAAAGACAGCGAGGUGCACAAGAAAGUUGACAAGACAAUGCGACCUCUCGAGAAAGACGAGGGAGUUGACAGAGCUUUCGAGAAGCCAGAAAAGCCUUUGGCAACAGAAAAAGAAGCUUUAAUGGAAAGAAGACAGCCAGAAAGAAUUAAAGAGAAUAAACUUGAGGUUGAACAUAAGGAAAGUCAGUCAGACAGAGCUGUGCUUGAACAAAAUAAAAAGGAGUUGCUGGACAAAGAAAAUGAAAUUGAUCAGAGGCCAAAACAACAAGGGAAGUCUCUAGAGAGGAUAAGGGAAGUUGACAGAAGAGGAAAGCUUCCAGAGCCAGAACUGUCGAAGAACAGUGAGGAAGAAAAUCAAUAUCUGAAACCAUCUGAAAAAUAUACAGAGAAAGAACAAACAAAGGAACCAGAGAAGUAUGCUGCAAUGGAGGAGGAACCUUUGAAACCACCUCUAAGAUCUAAAGGAAAGGUGACAGGUGGGAAAGAACCUCUUAAAAGUAUUGUUAAGGAAGCAGAGGAGAUCAAUGUGCCAUCAGUGAAGUUGACAGUGUAUGAUUCGGAAGAAGACCACAAACAGAUAAGCAAAGUGAAACAAGUGUCGACAGAGGCAGAUAAGGCGAAGAGACCACUGAAAGAACCAGAACAGAUGGAAAAGGAGGCUGAAAUUGCUGCUCCAAAACCACCUGCAAGGAUGAAAGGCAAAGGAAAGGGAGGAAUGGAUAAACAGUACUCACGGGACACAGAGACUGAUCAGGAUGAGCAGCAGCCGACAAGAGUUGUGGUAAAAAUAUCAGAUGAUGAUAAGCCAAUGAAACCAUCUUUUGAUAUUUUGAAAAAGGAAGUUAAGGAAAAACCAGGAUUCGAGAGGAAAAUAUCCGUUACGACAGACACUGAGAUCGAUGAGAAGUCUGAGCAGACUGUAAGAGCUCCAGAGAAGGACGCAAAAAUCAAACAGCAAAUCAAAAAACCAGUAACAACAGACACUGAAAUCGCGAAAAUUAAGCAGCCUGUGAAAGCGCCAGAGGAGGACACAAACGUGAAACAGCAAAUCAAAAAAACAGUAACAACAGACACUGAAAUCGCGAGAACUAAGCAGCCUGUGAAAGCGCCAGAGGAGGACACAAACGUGAAACAGCCAAUCAAACAACCUGUUAAACCCAUGAGAAAAGAACCUGAAGUGGACCAGGAAAUAAAGCUGGUAGUCGAGCCAAUGAGAAGAGUGGAGGAACAACAAACAACAAAGACAACAGAAGAAAUCCCACUCCUCUACAUUUCUGAGGAUGAAACCUUCUCAGAGGCUUUGACUGAGAUUCCAGCACACUUCAACAAUGACAGCACCCCUGAUAUUUACACUGACAGGUCAACACAACCGUCUGAUCUUCUUCUUGCUAAUGUACAGACAGCACAAAAACCAAAUGAAGAAACACAAGAGUUUGACAUCAGCAUCGAGGAUGAACCACAACUGCAAGAGGCUGCAGUCAAAAUCCAGGCUGCAUUUAAAGGCUAUAAAACCCGUAAAGACAUGCGUCCCGUCUUUAAAGAGGUGUUUAAGAAUCAGAGUUCAGAACUUCAUGGUACACUUACUCUAGAGUGUGUUGUAGAAGGAAAACCCAGCUCGGUGCGCUGGCUCAGAAACAACCAACAAAUCACCAUCGACCAUCGCUGCCGCAUUGAGACCACAGAGAGCGGUGUUUGUACUCUGAUGAUCAAAAACCUGACGGCACAUGACAGUGGAAUCUAUACAUGUGAGGUGGUGAAUAAGUUUGGUGUGACCUCCUAUAAUGGAAACAUAACAGUCGUACAGGCUCAGAAGCCCACCCCUGACGCUCAGAGGCCUGUACACCCACCUCUCGCAGCUAUAACUCCCCUGCAACUCGCUCCACAAAAGCCUGAAGUCCAGGCCACAACACAGACUCAAACCCAGGUACCUGCCUCUGCUACUGAUGAUGCAAACUAUGUAGAGGGUGUCACUGAAUCCCUGUGGGAGGCCUACAAUCUGACGGAGCAGGACGCUCAGUUGAGACUGCAGGAGAGGAGAGGAUCCUCACUCAUUGCUGCCAGCUCAGUAUCAAGUCCCUCUGAUUAUGAAACAGCUCCAGAUAUGGAACCUGUUGAGACUGGUCCAGCUGUACUGAGGGAAGUGACAAAAGCAGUGGACCAAGUGCCCCCACCAAAAGAUGAAAACGAACAGACACCUCCCCCACAACCUCCUAAGAGACUACUGAGUGUCAAAGGGGCUCAUGAAGGUAAAAUGAGAACGCCCUCUCCCAAACACCACCGUGCUCACACACCCUUAACUAGUACUGUCUCUGGAUCAGAGUCAGAAGGGGAGCAGGAUAGACGAGAGACGUUUGAAAUGUACGUGGCUCGAGCUGACUGCAGUCCCGACAGUGGAAAUAAGGAUAGCUUUGUUCUGAAGGAGGGUCAGUUUGUGGAGGUCCUGGACUCUGUUCAUCCUGAUCGAUGGCUGGUGAGGACCAAGCCCACCAAAACCAACCCUGCUCGACAGGGAUGGGUGUGUCCGGCCUACCUGGAAAAGAAGAGGAAGGAGACCUUCUCACAGUUAAGAGCACCUCAAGAGGACCUCGAUGGGAUUGGGUCUACAGGAGAAGAGUACAGAAGAGCUCUAAGCCAACUGAUCCAAGGCCUCAUUGAUGGAGAGGAGGAGUUUGUAAAGGAGAUGAAGAUGUUCAUCUCUCACCAGUUAAAUUAUUUGGACUCUAGCCGAAACGUCCCCAUUAAUGUCCUCAACCAGAAAGAGAUCGUUUUCAGGAAUAUCAAAGACAUUGUGCUUCUGCAUGAGAGGUGUGUCCUUCCUGGUCUGAGAGCGUGUGCCACAGAUGAUGAUGUGGCCAUGCAUCUGAUCAAACACACAGAGGACUUUGAGAAGUAUCUCCACUACAUGGAUGGACAAGCACAAGCAGAGGCCUGCAUCAAUGACAAGGCCAUCCAACAGUUUUUCAAAGAGUUGGCACAAUCUGGUAAGCCUGAUGCUCCAAUCAUGGACGUCCUGACCUUCCUCCAAAGACCAGUGGAGAGGAUUCAAACAUACCAGGCUUUACUGAAGGAAUUGAUAAAGAACAAAGCCAAAAGUGGCCAGAGCUGCUGUCUUUUGGAGGAUGCUUUCUCCACGGUGUCCUGUCUACCCUGGAGGUCUGACAACCUGCACCAGGUGUCCCUCAUCGAGAACUACCCUGCUCCUCUGACCGCUCUGGGCGAGCCUGUGCGACAGGGAGUCUUCACAGUGUGGGAGGAAUCUCCAGAAAGUAAAACGGCCUCUAGAGGGCAUCAGAGACAAGUCUUUCUCUUUAAGGAAUGUAUCAUACUGUGUAAACUCAAAGGUGAUACAUACUCUUUCAAGAACAAAAUGAAGCUGAAUGAUGUGGAAAUAAAGGAGAGCCUAGGUGGAGAGGAAAAGUCUUGGGGGUUGUGGCAUGAGCACAGGGGCUCGAUGCGGCGGUACACCCUGCAGGGUCGCUCCUCUUUGAUCAAACUCUCCUGGCUCAAGGAUCUGAAGGAGUUACAGCAACGGGCCAGCCAGCCUACUAAUUGUCCACCUGUAUUUGAGUCACUUUUGUCUGACUGUAAAACAAAGAUAGGACAGACAAUCAAACUGACCUGUAAAGUCACAGGAUCACCAAAACCAGUGGUUAGCUGGCUCAAAGACGGCCUUCCUUUAGAAGAUGACCCUCGUCACAUCAUCUCAGCAGACCGCUCAGGUACCUGCAGUCUGAUUCUGGACAGCCUCACUGCAGAGGACUCUGGACAGUAUUCAUGCUAUGCUACCAGCCCCAUGGGCAGCACUGGUACUCUAGCAAAGGUGGUGGUGCAGGCUCCACCAAGAUUUGUGUCCCGACUGGAGAGCGCCUGUCUAAUAGAUGGAGAAGAUAUACAGUUUAUCUGCUCCACACUUACUACUCCUUUACCACGGAUCAGAUGGUUGAAAGACGGCAAGGAGUUGACUGGCCAGCAAAAAUACUUCAUCCAGAAUGAUGCUCGCAGUGGGAUCUUGUGUCUGACAGUCAUCAGUGCUACAGAGGCAGAUAUUGGACAAUAUGAGUGUGAGCUUUGGAAUGAGUUUGGCUGCGUUAAGUGUAAGGCAGGGCUGUGCCCAGCUUAUGUACCAACGAUUGACAUUGAGAACGACCAACCACAGGACCUGCCUUCCAAAGCUAACUCUUCACUCCUACGAACACAAGAUGGUCAUGUGCUGGACAGGUGGCACCUACAUGCAGGAGUGGGCAUGUGCCCUUAUCCUGGUUGUUGUGUUGCGUUAAUGGGGUUAAACCCUCAAGUACGGAGAGCUGAAUAUAGCACUGAGGAGGUUGUUCCUACAACAGCAUCAGUGGAUCAGGCACAACAGCAGCCGGUGUAUUACCUGGAGGAAGAGGAGGAGGAGAUCUAUAUGUCAGAGUCAAUGCAGGAGAUGACAGCUCCACCCUCCAUCCAGGUGCCUGCUGAGGACCUGUGUGUAGAGCCCGGCCAACCAGCUACAUUUACUGCUAUUGUCACCGGAAGACCAACUCCUACAAUACAGUGGUACAAGGAUGGAGAAGAACUUGCAUCUGAUGAGAAUGUGGAGAUAGUGCAGCAUGGUGCCCGCUGCUCACUGAACAUAAUGUGCCCUGAGGGAGAGGACAGUGGCAUAUACACCUGCUUUGCCUACAAUGACUCUGGCCAUGCCUCAUGUCAGGCUCAGCUGACCGUGGACGAAGGUCCGCUGGAGCGUCAGGAGAGAGAGGUGGAGCUGGGCAAGAGAAGGAAGUUAUUCUCUGUCUAUGAUGUCCAUGAGGAAAUUGGAAGGGGAACAUUCGGGGUAGUGAAGCGUGUGGUUCACAGAGGGACAAGUGAAGUGUUUGCCUCCAAGUUUCUGCCUCUGCGCAGCAACACCCGAACCAGAGCCUUCCAAGAGAGGGAUCUGCUGUCCCGUCUGGCUCACCCCAGAGUGGCCUGUUUGCUGGACUUCUUUUGCACCAGACGCACGCUGGUGCUGAUCACAGAAAUGUGUUGCUCUCAUGGACUUCUGGACCACUUGUUCGUGAAAGGAUCUGUCUCAGAGAAAGAGGUUCAGUCCUACAUCCAACAAAUCCUUGAAGGCGUGGGUCACAUUCACAGCAUGAACAUUAUGCAUCUGGACAUCAAACCUGAUAAUAUCCUCAUGGUGUAUCCGCCCAGAGAUGAAAUCAAGAUCUGCGACUUUGGCUUCUCACAAGAAAUAGACACAUCCAGACACCAGUACAGCAUGACUGGUACACCAGAGUUUGUUGCCCCUGAGAUUGUUCACCAGGAACCAGUCACUGUGGCGUCUGAUAUUUGGUCUGUAGGUGUUGUAGCCUACAUAUGUCUGGUGGGCCGAUGUCCUUUCGUGGGUGAGACGGAUCGUGCUACACUGCUGAGGGUGGGAGAAGGCACUCUGAACUGGGAUGCCCCUGAUGUCACCUACAGGAGCCAAGAGGCCCAGAAGUUUCUCUACAUGCUCCUCCAGCCAGAUCCAGAGAAGCGACCAUCUGCCUUUGAGUGCUUGAGCCAUGAAUGGUUCCAGGAUGAAAAUGCAGGCGAGGAUACUGAUGAAAUCAACACAAAGAUUUUGAAAAUCUUCAUCUCCAAAAGAAAGUGGCAGCGCUCUUUGACUUGCAUUGGGUCAGUUCUCACGUUGAGGCCCAUCCCUGAGCUGCUGGAUGCUCCACUCAGAGACACUGCGGUCACAGUUCCUCGAGAGCCUCAGGAGCACAGCAGCACCUCUCUGAGCAGCGGCUCCUCCUCAGAGUAUGAUGAAGCUGACUCCUGGGACUUCUUCCAGCACUACAGCCAGACUGAAGAGGAGGAGGAAGAAACAGAGGAGGACUAUGAUCCUUUAACAGAGAGAGCGCGCAUCCCAGAGCCUGUCACCAAGCUCCACCUGGAUGCAGAGGAGGAAGAAGAGAUGACACCAGGGGAGGAGGAAGAGGCAGAGAUGUUAGGAAGGAGAAGUGUAAUAGAGCGGAGUAUUAGUAGACAGUCAGUGGCGUCAUCUGAAGCCUCGUUACAACAUACGCCUCAAAGAGAGCGUAGGUUCAGUAAAGACAGUAGUCCGUCCCUCUAUAUGUCUGAUGGGGAAGAGGGUUCAGGGAGUGAUGGAGGUCGUAUCCCUCGUGGGAGCGUCAUUCGAAGCACUUUCUACAACACCUCUCAUCAGCUGUCACCCAUGUCCGCCAGACACAUGACUUUAAGGGACAAAUUCCAGGCUAAAAAACAGGAAAGAGGCCGCAAACCACUCCGCAGGAGCUUUUCGGGACGUCUAAAUGAGCCUCUUAUUGAAUACGUGGAGGAUGACACAGAGACAAAUCGUGCCCAGAGACGGGCUUCUAUUCAAACUUCAAUGCAGAAGUCCUGUUCCUUUGACAGCGGUGUUAGCCUCGCCCACGCCAAUCUACCCCCUCACAGGAGGAGCAGGUCUCUUGAUGAGUCUUCUCGGCGGUCUCCAAGCUCACCAACACGCACAAAGUCUGCUGAGGAGGAAGGCUCUCAAAGUGUGAAGGAGGAUUUUACAGAUGACGAAGUGGCAGGGAGAAACUUGUUGGCCAUCCCAGGUCCACCUCGCAGACCCACGAGAAGAAGAGGCUCUGUUGCUCCAGUACAAGGAAGUAAUGUGCUGGGUGGAUCUUCGGUUCCAUCGAGCUUCCUUGCUGGAGACAGAAGGAGCCCCAGGAUGGAGCAGGAGCGAGCCGAGGGUGACACCUUUGCUGGCUCCCAGGGCUCUCUAGCUGAGUCGUCUAUUUUGGAGCAUGGUGGCUCCGAGUCUUCAAGUCGAGUCGGCUCCUAUGAGGAGCUGAGUCAUGGUCAUCUCAGAGAAAGAUACAGAUCAGGAGAGAGUGAUGGUUAUGAUGAACAGGGAGAGCCUCUGAUUACUUCAUCUCCUUCCUCGUUCCACGAAGUCAAACCUAGACGUUUGUUACCCCAGGCCCCGCCACGUACCCGCACUCGCUCCAACCCCAACUUAUCAAUAAACAGCAGAGCCCAGUCAGGGACCUCGCUGUCGGCAAGCCCAAGUCCAAGUCUCUCAUCACUCCAGGCUCCAGAAAGGCCUCCUAGAGCCAGGGACAAGAAGGAGGCACAUGGGCUCCAAAGGCAUGCAUCUGCUCCUGCCCUCGAAGUCCGGCCACCUACUGGUAGGUCACCCAAGCUGGGACUGCUAAAAAUCUUUCGCAGGCAGUCCUGGACCGGUCAUUCGUACUCUGAGCUUGAUAACGUGGAGCUAGGACCCACGCUGGGAGAGAUCAUGAAGCCGGAUACACCCACCAUGUCUUUGAGGAAGAAGAUGAGAGCUUCAGCUUCCAGCCUGACCAAGCUGUUUUCAAGGUCUUCUAGUAAAGAGGACGUGAGUAAAGGAGGGCCUAUAGUUAAAGGAUCAGCUCCCAUUCCACCAGAAAGGCACAGAGGCAGCAGUCAUGAGAGUUCAAAAAAGAGGACGUCUAAACUCUUACCCUCUUUCAAAGUACCUGGAUUCUUAAAGACAAAAGAUCUGCCAAUCCGUCCAAACAAGGCUGAAGUCUUCCAGUUAGAUGGAGGUGGAGUCCUGCUUACUUGGAAACCAGUCCAGUCCGGUGACUCUGUCACCUACUGUGUUCAGUACUGUACAGAUGGAGGGGACUGGACGGUCCUGUCAGAGGAAGUCACUGAUAGCUGUUAUGUGGUGAAGGAUUUACCCAGAGGAGCUUCUUAUGUGUUCAGGAUGGGCUGCAUCACCAAGACAGGAGCAGGACCCUUCAGUGAUGCCUCAGCACCUGUUGUCAUGUCUACUCAUCCUGAGGAAAUUCACAUUCCUCUCAUCCAGACUGAGUCACUGGGGUCAAAGGUCAAGGGGUCAGAGAGACAAACAACACACAAGAAUUACAAUUUCCUGUCAGAGAUCAACAGAGGUCGUUUCAGCGUCGUAACCCUGUGCAGGGAUGCUGACACCAGCCAAGUGUUCGCUGCAAAGAUCACUCCUUACCAUGCAGAGCAGAGACUGCUGGUCCUGAGGGAAUACCAGCUACUGAAGAGACUUCAUCACCCUCAUCUGGUGCAGCUGCACACAGCCUACAUCACCCCACGCUACCUGGUGUUAGUGGAGGAGCUGUGCCCGGGCAAGGAGCUGCUCUACAGUCUGUCAGUGAGAGAUCUGUAUUCAGAGACUCAAGUGGCAGAGCUGCUGGUUCAGAUCCUGAGUGCAGUUGACUACCUUCACAGCCGCCGAGUCAUCCACCUGGACCUGAAGUCUGACAACAUGCUUGUGGAUGAUGGCAACCACCUAAAGAUAAUUGACUUUGGCUCGGCCCAGUCCUUCACGCCCGGUCAGCCUCUCCAAAUAGAGCACAUUCACGGCCUGUCGGACAACAAAGACUGCCGCAGCAAAGUUUAUAUUGUCCUCCCUAAAGCUCCGGAAAUCCUGGAAGGUCAGGGCGUCGGGCCUGAGACUGACAUUUGGGCCAUAGGAGUCCUGUCAUUCAUCAUGUUGAGUGCAGACAGCCCGUUUCAUGCAGAGCACAGCUGGGAUCAAGACAAAAAUAUCAAAAAGGGGAAGAUCCAGUUUGGAUGCUGUUAUCCUGGUCUGUCCGAGGGAGCCUUAAACUUCAUGAAGAGCAGUCUGAAUAAUAAAUCCUGGGGGAGACCCACCGCAGCAGAGUGUCUUCAGAUCCCUUGGCUGCGUGCACAUCGUACCCCACACAAAGCCAGACCCUCCAAAGUGUGUUUCUCCACGGACAAGCUUAAAGAUUACCUCAAGCAGAAGGAGGAGAAACGAGACCAGGUUCACACCAAGCUUCAGGGUCCCUUCUUUCAGUAAGGACGCACUGUAGAGGUUUUGUUUCACCAGCACAAGAAGCUUUCCUGUGUGUCUCUUUUAAAUCACUGUAGAUCCUCUGAUUUUGAAAAUGUGAUCUGUCUUAAUACCUUUCUUUUUGUGUAUCUAUCCAUUAGUGUGUAUAAGUGAGUGUGUUAGUUUUGCAUUGGUUUAUAUGAGAACAUAUCAGGGAUAAGGUUAAGUCCAAGCAGUGAGUGCAUGAGUUGUAAAAUGUUGAUUUUUGUGACAUGUCUCAGAAUCAGGCAUGAGCAGGUUUGGCUUAGAGGAAAAAAAUUGAAGCAGCAAUUUUUCAGAGUGAUACAUUAAUGAUAUAUAUAUAAAAAGAUGCCAUGUUUUGCCCUUGAGUUAUACUUUAACUUAACUAGAGAAAAGGAUUUAUUGAAAAUCUCUUCAUACUUAAAUUUUGAAUGAUUUAGAGAAUAAAAAGAUACAUUAUAUGGCUCAAAGAUGGUCAUUUUCUGACAUUCUUUAUUCAGACUUAUAUGUAUACAAACACCAAAACAUACACACAAGUCAUUCAAAUAUAAUACUUCCGGUCACAGUACUUCAGAUGAACAGAUUUCAUUCUUCAUGUGAGCCGUUAUUUGAUCAACAUUAAAUUAAUCACACAGAUAAAUCACAGAGGUUUUGAAAAUUCUCUCAACUAUGACUGAAAAUAUUUCUACUGUAUGUUAACUCAACAAAACAACUAAAUGCAGAAGAGACUGUUUUGAGUGUGUGAAUUAGAAACAGACUUGUGAGGCAUCUCACAUGUUGAAAAAAAAUGC